AUGGCAUCAAAAUCAGAAAUACUUAGGAGUUCAUUUGUUGAUAUGAACAAUUUUACAGAUGGUAAUUAUGAUCAAUACAAUCAAAAAUUCGAAAUAUUCAAUUCAGAUAGCUAUUUACGUAAGUUAUUUGAAAAUUACAAAUUCCCGUAUCCCAUAGAUUUAAUACAUUUUGCUAAUCACGAUCCAGUACUUCAAGAUUCCGUAAAUAUUGAAAAUUUAUUAUCCCAAUUUCAAAUUGAGAUAUCCUCUAUCAAAAAAACGCAAUACAUUGUUCAAGAAUUAUGCGAAUCUAUCUUCAAAUGUGAAUACGAAGACUUAUAUACAAUAAUUCGUUCAAAAAUCAACGAGAAAGAGAUCAAAAAUGAAUGGACAUCAUUAUUUAUAUUAGAUAGAGAAGGAAACUCUGAAGAAAUUCAGGCUGCAAUUGAUGAUUACUUAUCUCAUGUCAAAUUUAACGUUCCUGAUACCAAUUGGGAGCUAAAUUCACUUGAUGACUUAUUCUCAAUGCAUAUACUCGCUUGUUCACUCAAUAUUAGAUUGUUUUUCGUUAACAUUUUAUCACAAGAUUUAUUAUUCACUCAACCAAUUGGUAGCUACAAUGCUAAGUACUCUCUUUAUGUAUUAUUCAAUCCUGAUAAGACAUUUUCCUUCUUACAACCUUCUAAAUGCUAUUCCAAGUUAUUAAAUCCGAAAUUAUUAGAAAAUGCCAAUAAGUCUAAAGUAAUUGACAGGAAAUCAGAGAAAAUCGAAAUUACAGAGACAACCGUUGAGUCAGAACCGCAAUUUUCGCCAAAACAAAUUCAAAAUUUGGCAGAUAAAGAAAAACUCAUUUGUGUUAAAGUUUUCGACAGCAAUACACAAAACUGGAAUCGUAUGCGCUAUAGUGAGAAGUUUUUAGACAAAAUCAUCCACAAAAACCAGCCAAUAAUUAUUGAUCGACCAGAAUUUGGAAUUCAGAAGCUCCCAAUCUACGCAGACAUUCUCUGUUUGAAGUCCAUAUACGAUUACAUGUUCCUUGACUCAGAACGUCAUUGUACAUGUUGUAAUAAGAUUAUUCAGCCACAAAUGACGAUGAUUCCGACAAUCAAGGAAGGAUCACGAGAUUCAGUUCCUUCAAUCUCCUUCUGCUGCUACGAAUGCGCUUGUAAGAUGAAAACGUCAUUUUUUGACAAAUCAAUAAAUUAUUUUCCACAAAUCUUCAAGCCGUCUACGCACAGCCGUAAUGCAGUCAAGAGUGAAGAGACAAUCAAGAAGACGUACGAAGCAAUCAAAGAAUCCUUCGAGAACAUGCGGAAAACGAAAAAUUCCAAACAAAUUGAGAAAAUUUUCAAUUUAUUGAAAAAUACAAUUAAAUACAUCAACGGAGUUUUCGUCCAAUUCGCUGAUUCAAAGGUAAUAAAUAACCUGAAGUCCAUCAAUGACGUCAAGUGCAUUACAACUCUCGAGAACACUGAGAAUUAUCCACUUUUGCCUUCGAUUUUUGAUGAAUACAUUUCUCAGAAUCCGAUUGAAAGAGAGUUUUGUCCUUAUUCCGUUUUGAAGUCGCCGCAAUUCCUUUUAAACGAGUUCUCCAAUGAGCUGCAGAACUUCGACAGUGAUGUCCAAAUGAUGGACUUGAUGAAACAAGGAAAUGAAAUCAGAAAAUUCGAAAUUUCAAAGGAUUUCAAAAUUGUUUUUUCUGAUGAAAAUUCAAAUGAAUUGAAUAGUUUACAAAAAACCGUCCAAACAAAAAUUUUCAAUGUCACCAAAAACGGCAAAUUCUUAUGUCGUUUAACAGCAGAAAACAACAAAGAUUUGUUGGAUGUUUAUUCUGAUGACAAAAAUAUUUUGGCGGUUUUCAAAGAAGAUGAAAUUGACGGUUUUGCCACUCUUUCAAUUUAUUUAGGAUUAGUUGGUACUAUUGAUAUUUCCAAGGAACUUCCUGUAAUUAAAUAUGAGAAGUGCAAAUUCCAGAAAGGUCUGUUUUUGCCGAAAUCAAGUAAUUUGUAUCUUUUGUGCGAAAAACCAGAAUCAAUGAGUUUGUUGACAAUUAAAUUUGGCUUUGAAAAAAGAUUGAUCGUAGAUUCCAACGAAAACGACGAAAAGAUCAAGGAUAUCGCUGCGGGUGAUGAAGAUAACGUUUACGAGAUUGUUCAAACAGAUGUAAACUCAUUUGAAAUAUUUAAGGUUGGAGAUGAAGAAUCUGUUUGUCAGUUGAAAGAUUUUGACAGAAAUAAUUACGAAUUUUUCGGUUUCGAUUCGUUUGUUUUCUUCAAAUCUAAUGAUACAAAACUGACAAUCCUUAACGGUCAAGUCCUUGAUGACAUAAAAGUGACAACAAACAAAUCUGACAAAAAUGUCACUUUUUACAAUUCACUUUUUGAGAGAAAAUCUGACAAAGAAUUUUACAUUAUUUCGAAUGAAAAUUCCAGAUUUUUACCACAAAAAAGUGUUUCUUCCAUUCCUUCUUUGAUUCACAAUGGAUUUGUUGAAUCAUAUUUCGCUGUUUCAUGUCAUGAACUAUUGAACAUUGUUCCUAAAGAAAACAAAUCGAAUUUGUUUGUUUUCGUUUUGGAUUCGAAUUCAACUCAGUUUUUGACAUUUGUCAAAACCGUUUUUGGAAUUGAAAUUUCAUUAGUUGAAGGAAUUUCUUUGUUUAUUUCUAACAACAACUAUUUGAUGAUUUUCUAUGAACCAAACAAAAACAGUUUUGAAACAGAAUUUCUUUCAUUGAUUGGAAACAAAAAUAUCUUUGUUUGUGCUGUGAAAGGUCCAAAGAUAAUCAAAGAAAGUAUUUCAAUUCUCAAAGAAGAUUUCACUGUUAUUUACUUCGAAAAUAGAAUCAAGUCUAUUUCCUAUCAAAACAUUCCAUUUAUUAAUGGAAAUAAUGUUAAAAAUAUCAGUGAAUUGAAAUCUAAGACAAAUGAAUUAGAUUUCAAAGAAAUCUCUAAGUCAAUCAAGAAAUCCGUUGCAACUUAUGCAAUGCUCAAUGUUUUAUCUGAUAUCCCUCAUCACACAGUUCUCGAUUACUGCGAACAAUCAUUUAAUUAUUUAGAAUAA